AUGACGACGUUUGCUAAAUCUGCUUUUGAUAGCGUUAGAUACGAGGCAUUCCGUCCUCAUUACCCCAAGUCAUUUUAUGAAAUCCUCAAAAAAUAUUGUGGGCGGCCCAAAGUAUCGUCCACAAUCGAUCUUGGAUGUGGAACAGGAGUCGCAAGUUUCCCAUUGCUUGAACUCUCAGAAAAAGUGGUAGGGCUUGAUUUGUCACCUAAGAUGAUUGAAACGGCAAACCAAAUAAAACUGGACAAACUUGCGCAAUUAGGAAUUACCGAUCAAUCACGCAUUGCUUUCAAGGUGAGCGCAGUCGAAGAUUUGGAUGAGCCUGCCCAAUCAUUUGAUUUGAUCACAUGUGCCGAAUGCAUUCAUUGGUUCAAGGAUUUUGAUUCGUUCUUUUCGGCAGCGAGCAACUUGUUAAAACCUGGUGGUGUUUUAGCAUAUUGGUAUUAUGCGGACCCCGUUGUCGUGGCCUUUGAUGGGCCCUACGAUCAAACCCGAUCCAAAGUUGCCAUUGCUGACUCUGCGCUGUCCAUAUAUCGUCGUUUUGUGUAUGAGAAUCCUGACUUUCUUGGUCCCCAUUGGGAACAGCCUGGGAGAACAGUUCUUAAAAACUUCUUGGUUGAGGUGGAUAAACACAUUCCCUACAGCAAGUUUGAAAAUGUUAAAGUCAAUAAGUAUGUUCCCAGUACCAAUGGCGAAACAAAAUAUGCAGAGGACGAUUUGCAGAUUCUGAAGCAGCUGAUCAAUCUCCAGAGUUUUAUCCAGUACAUCUCAACCUACAGUUCGUAUCACAAGUAUGACGAGAAUACUGGGAAAGGCAAGGAAUUUCUCGAAAAGUUCAUCAAAGCCUUUGAAGAAGAGCUAGGCUGGGACCGUGAGAAAACUAUACUUGACUUGGAAUGGUAUUCGGGUUAUACAUUCAUGACAAGAAAAUAG